GCGUCUUUGUUUCUGAAGAACGUUAAUGUCCCGCUGUGUCCAGGCGCCCUGUUAGACCGGACAAUUAAGAAGAUUUGUAUCGUUUUUGACACGGUUAUAAUAGCAAAUUUGGGAAAACCUACUCGAAAAGUUACGGUUAACAGCUGUUUCGAACCAACAAAACAAGAAGCUCAUUAGGAACGGAUAAUUCUCACCCAUAUUAGCGUAACAAACUACUACGUCCAGACACAAAAGACGAAGCUGAAAGCUUAUUUUCCAGCUUCUCGUACUCAUUUCGCCGUUCCACCUUAAAUGGUGCAGCAGUUACAUUGUGGCACCUCCGCCGCCAGCACUAUUUAAGGCGGAAAGUGAGAAUUCGAAUAGGAAGCCAACUUCAGCCUCGCACCCUAAAGUUAAAUACAAUAAAUAAUAGUGUAGCCACAUUUAGUGACGGCAAAAGUUGGCCAAGGCUCAUUUAAAAGCCACACACAUUUCUUCAUUUCCUCACGACAAAGGUUUGCGAGAGCUUUAUUCGCUUUAUCUGCAGUUCUGCUGAGAACAGGGCAUUAAUUAGUUCGGCUUCGUUUGUCUGACAGCGCCGUUUUAAAGAGCACAUUUAACGUGUGGCUCUCGCAUGACUGGCUUCAUUUGAAUGGAGUGAGGGGUGGGAGUAAGAGGUCCUCCUCCGUUCCUCCGCAUUGCCAGCCGAGAAGUCCGUCGCCGCGUCACCGAGACACAUUCACUCGCUUUUACUACUGGAACGUUUACGGUGCUUUCUGACAGAUACAGCUAUAACGGGCUUUCUGUCCUAGGCGGUGAGAAAAAAACGGAAACACUGCUAGCUAACAUUUCGAGUUGGGAACAAGUCGAUUCAAGCUAGCUAGCUUUCUCGCGUUCGUGAAAGAGAGGCGUAAGGUAAAAGUCAAACGAGGACCUCGUUGUUCGUCAGUGUUAUUUAUCAGUUGGCUAACCUGCGUUACUUUUCAACACAUUUUCAAGUGACAACAUGACGAGAAGGUCUUGUGCCAUUUACGCCACCGGGAUUGUGUGCGCCUUUCUGCUAAUCGUGGGGAUCGUCCUCCUGGUGACUCAGGUCUUCCAAAUAAUGAUUAAUGAACGGAUAAAAAAGGAGAUCACGCUAGCUGAGAACAGUCGAGUACUGAGUAGCUGGAUUAACCCACCAGUUCCAGUAUACAUGCAGUAUUUCUUCUUCAAUGUCACCAACCCUGAAGAAUUCUUGGCUGGCCGAGCAAAGCCCCAUGUAACCCAAAUGGGCCCUUACACUUACAGGGAGUACAGGCCACGGGAGAAUGUGACAUUCUUGGAGAAUGGCACAAAGGUCUUUGCUACGAAUCCCAAGAGUUUUGUCUUUCUUCCCGAUAUGUCCGUGGGAGACCCUGAGGUGGACUUAUUGACCACCCCCAACAUCCCAUUCAUUGCUGUGAUGAACGAGAUGCACUCCUAUUCUUUCUUUGUCCGCACGCUGGUCUCCGUGUUUAUAAAGUCAAUGGGUGUGGAAAUGUUCAUGACACGCACCGUACACGAGUUCCUAUGGGGCUUCAAGGACCCACUUAUGGCUAAACUCCAUACUUUGAAGCCAGAAGUAGAUGAGUACUUUGGCCUUAUGUAUAAGAAAAAUGGAACCCAUGAAGGUGAAUUUGUCUUCCAUACUGGAGAGAAGAACUAUAUGGACUAUGGCAAGAUUGAAACAUGGAAUGGCAUAAGGCAGAUGAAUUGGUGGUCAUCAGAUCAGAGUAACAUGAUCAAUGGCACAGAUGGCAGCGUUUUCCACACCUUCCUGUCCAGGAAAGAGCUCCUCUAUAUUUUCGCUGCAGAUCUGUGCCGGUCUAUCCAUCUUGCUUACGUGAAUGAUACAGAAGUGAAGGGAAUUCCUGCCUUUCGCUUUGCGCCUCCACCUGAUGUCCUGGCUGCCCCGGAUGAGAACCCCAACAAUGCUGGUUUCUGUGUUCCUGCUGGGGACUGCCUGGGCAAAGGAGUGCUUAAAGUCAGCGUUUGCCGUGAAGGAGCACCUAUAGUGGUGUCAUUCCCACAUUUUUACCAAGCUGAUAGAAAGUACAUUGAUGCCAUCGAAGGAAUGAACCCAAACAAGGAAGAACACGAAACUUACCUCGAUCUUAACCCGACUACUGGGGUCCCAAUUCGUGCCUGUAAGAGAGCCCAGCUAAAUGUUAUAAUGAAGAGAGUCCCUGGAUUCCCACAAACAAAAUUUUUGAAUGAAACUAUCUUCCCCAUUAUGUAUGUCAAUGAGACUGCAACCAUCGAUGAUGACUCUGCCACCCAAAUGAAAACUCUACUCUUAAUUGAGAAAAUUGUGCCAAAUUUUCCCAUGAUCAUUUUGGGAAUGGGCACCAUCUUACUGCUGGUCCUGAUCCUCCUGGUGUGCAGAAACCGUCAGAGAAAGAAUGAAGUAAAACGUAUUGAUUUUACAGAAGCUUUUCAUUCUUUUGCUACAACGAAAGACGACACGGCCUACACUCCAGUCAGCAACAAAUCAGAUGACUCGCCCGAAACCCACACUAAUCAGCCUCUGAAGAACGGCUCCUACAUUGCCAUGUCGCCAGUGGAAGCACAGAAGUGUUGAUGAAGAUCACUGUGUGGAAUCCCCUCGAGGGAUCCACCUCCAUCAGUGAUGUUCCUUCCCUCUUUUCCCUCUUUCAUUCUCUCUUUCCACUGUGCAACACAUUCUGGGGCCAGUUCCUAGAAAUGCCACCGUCAGACACCGCUGGUUUCUGUGGUUGUCUUGGUGGACUUCCUCUCUCCUGCUGACUUUUUUCCUCGCUCUCAGAGCAUGGCCUUCUCGAACUGCCAUAUUUUUUGACAUAAAAAAAUUGUAUUGUACUCAAAACACUCAGUGCUGUUUGUAGCUCCUGAAGCUUUUUGUCAACUAGACACAAAGUGGACUGAAAAUACUCACCUUUCGGGAAGAUAAUGCCCACCUGCAUGCUCACUGAUGUGUAGUUCUUUUUACCCUGUUAACAUGGGACUCAGAACAAAGGGAGGGUGUUUAGGUGAACAUACAAAGAAUGCUUUCCAUUGGCUAGCAGGAGCCACUUUGAACACCAGUUUUUAGGCAACGCCAGUGCUCUUAAAGUAUACAAUGAAGUUUAUUGCCACACUACUGAAGUGAAGUCUGCAUGGCCAGACUUUCACUAACAAAGAUGUUUAUUUGCCAUAUCCUUUGACACUGAGUAGAAUGAGUCAAGCUGUAGCUGUGUGCCUCUUUUAAGACUACUUAAAAAGCUAAAUGGAGGCCUCGCAUGUCAAGGAAUUUACUGGGCUCAGUCCCAUCAGUCAUAUGUGUGAGUGUGUUGCGUGUCUGUUUUGUAUGUUUGUAUAUAAGGCCAGGAGCGCUUGCAUGUGUCUUAGCCACACUGCUGUGAACUGCUUUGGAGGGACCCAUGUGUUCUCUUAAGCUUGAUGCAGUGGGAAAGAGUGUGGACACUAGUGAUUUCAAAGAAAGGUCCUCUUCAGUUUCCCUUUCUGACUUCUUUUUGAACAAAUUAAACUUCAGACUCUGUCUGAAUGGCCUAAAGUUCCUAGUAGGUGCCAGAAUUGUGCUGUAAAAACAAACUUUUGAUCCCCUAAAAAGGGAGGAGGAUGGGGGGGGGAAGGUUUACAAAAUGCACAAAUGGGACUUGAACCUAUUCUCUGCCUUACACAUACACAAGUUUGCUGCAAUGGCCAGGGCAAUUUUGAGAAAGGGCUCAGUAGUAUUGUAGUAAAAGUAUCAGACGACCUUUGAACAAGUCUGCUUGUCAAAACACCUGCAAAUCUUUGACCCCAAGCCCUUAUGUCAUGUAAAGAGCAGCCUAAGGCAUCUACUCUGCAACUUGGAGAAAGCACAACAAGGUCAAAGCUUUUUUGUUUGUUUUUUGGGGUGUUUGUUCAUGGUGUUUUAUCUUUGGUGUCUUCGUUGAAGGCUGAGGAGAGCAGAAUUCAGGCAGUUGCGGUUAACUCUUUGUGAGCCAAUGGGCAAAAUUACAGCCGUUAACAAACCUGGCACUUGAAACUGUUUUCCCUUUAAGUGUUCCUAUUUUUAUUUUUAUUUUUAUUUUUUGGUCCAUGAUGUUCAAAGCCUUCAACUGAUGCACCUCAAACGUGAAUUAAGGCCAUAGAAAAGAAGUCAACUUGAAAAAUAAAGUAAGAAAGUCUGCACUUUUCAGAUAAAGAAAAGUUUCUACAGUCAAUGCAUUGGUCCUCUGUUUCAGAAUUUCAGAAGUAUGUCCAAAUCAAUCUUUGUGGUUAUGUUUUGAGGUUCCUAUUAAUUCCUGCUUUUACUGGGACAAAGUCUACUGCUUUUCUCUUUUAUUCUACGCAUUUUUGCUGCUAACAGAUGCCAUAAGUCAUAACCAUUUGCACAGUUUGUUUGGUCACUGGCACUGGUAGCACUUUAGAGAAGGGCAGCAUUCUUAAGGUUGCAUGGUGGACAACUGACAUAAACCAUUAAAAACAUUUAUAAAGGCUUAUUCCAUCAGAUGUCAGUUGUCAUAAGCCUUGUUUAAGUGAAUGACUUAAAAAUGGACAAAAGCAACAACUAACACUGUUGGACUAAGCCUUUUAUGGAUGCAAGUUUGUCAGUUGUCACGAAACACUUAAGUAGCCUUAUUGAAGGCUGACCUUCAGUGAAGUGUCACUGUGGCACCAUGCCAAAUGAUUGUGCCAUCUCUAGAAUAUAUCAGAAUAUUCAUAAACUCAUUUAAAAUGUUACAUUCUACUCAUAUUGAUGUCUGUUACUUUCUAUGAUGGCCUCCAUGUAUGUCAUCCAGUAUUGUGGCAAACUCUACAGGUUUUUUUUUUUCUUUCUUAAAAGCUCAAAGAUUUGAUGCACAUUUUGAACUGGAAAAGCAGUGUGCAUACAGCCUCUGUUAAGACUGUAGCUAGUAAACAAACAAAGCCAAGAGGAAAGCAUUAGUUUAACUGAAAUGCAAGACUAAUGGCCUUUGGUACUUGGUAGUCUGUAAUGGUUGGUAGCAUGCCUCUUUUUGUAGUCAGCACAUGCUGUAGUACACCGGUUUACAGCGAUAGCCUUUGCUCAUCAUUAAAUGUAGAGGAAGGCUGUGGUAAACUCCACUGGUCCACCUUAUCACAAAGUGGAAUGUACCACUUGUACUGACUUGAAUUAUUGAGAUCUACAACCUGAGCCAUUUCCGAAUAGUUGUCGGACUCCCUGUAGUGACUUUUGAUCUUGGAGUCACUCUCAUCGGUUCAAUCUCCUGUAUGCUCAACCAAAGAUAACCUUAUAGAUCGAUUCACCCAGUUUGUUUACUUUUACAGAUAUAGCUGUAGUGCCAUCGAUUUCUCAUUUUACGACAGUGGUUUCGCAACCCAGGACCAUCGCUAACAAGGGCAAAAGGCAAAAAACAAAAAAAGCGUUUAUAACCGUAUCAAUUUUUCAAUAUAAAGCGUUGCCACAAUGUGCUAAAACGCAAAGUAUUAUGUAUUGACGCAGCAAUACGUUGUGUAAAAAAGGAAAUUUUAUAGAAAAAUAAAAGGUUUUGUAUUGGGACAAAUAUUUAUGUAUCAACAUGUUCAAUGCUAUGUACAUUAUCUGGACUUUAUAAGGUAUUAGUUAUUUUAGUUUCUGUUCUUCUGUAUUUUAUAAAUAAUUUUUUGUAAUAUCUCAGCUGGGAUCAUAAUUCUUUUGUUAUUUUCUUUAUAUUUUCCUUCUAUGUUCCUCCCCCAUUUCCCACAGAUUUAUGAAAUGGUAUUGAGUAGGUGUUGGUCCCACGUUUGUGAUUUGAAACGGUGUGUGUAAAUGGUUUGUAUGUUCAGUGGCAGUGACUGAGAGACUUAUGAUGUAUCUGUGGGGUGUGAGCAUAUUUUGUGUAAUGACCUCCUGUGCUACAAGUUUCUCAAGAAGCCCCCGCACUGUUUUGUCCGAAGUGGCCUGCUGUAGGAAGGCUGAUUAUCUGAGUUUUUAUUUAGGGAGAUUGCCAUGGUGCCAUGUUGGGUACAAGGGACAUUUCUACUGCAAUCAAACGUGGUCUUUUUUUUUUUUUUUUUGUUUUUUUGUUUUCUGUUUCCUUAGAUGAAUGACGCCCUCCUUCAGGGACAAGCUUCUAGUGCCAUAUCACCCUUGUUUACUAAACUUGCUUUAGUAAUAUGUGGAAGCAGUGUAGCAGUCGUUCCAACCACAUUUCAGUUCACAUUCCCUGCGUCUUUUGGGACGCUCUUUAAUGAGCAUUUCCAUCAUUUCACGUUCACCUCAGAGACACAUUGUUUUUUGCUGCUGAAAAUGACAAUCCUCAUGUCGUCAUGUUAGGUGCAAAAUCAUUUCAAAGUAAUAUCCAGUUUUAGUUUUGAUAAUUUACACUGCACAAAUGUUUCUACAGUGCUUUUUGUAAACAUUUUUAGUGUUAUUUGCAAAAAAAACCCAAAAAACAAUAAACAAGUUGCGAUCACUGCA